AUGCAGGAGGCUGUUACAAAACAGCAGCAGAAGUCGUGGGAGACUUCAACACAUGCAACUGAUCAAUCAAGGAGAGAUUCUGCAUGCUCCAAAGAAAGUGUUCGCCAAGUUACUAAGGAUGUCCUCACCCUAAGCAUUAGAGAAAUUCGCGACACGAGAAAAUUUGUCCAGUCAAUUCCAAAGCUUAAAAGCAUUCAAGAAAAAGACUCGAAAGAGCUUCUUGAUUGCGUGGUGGGUUUAAUUGAUUGUGUAAGUGAUAUUCACAGCAUUCUUAAUAGAAUGCAGCAUUUAAAGGCCAAUCUCAUCAACUCGGAUACAAAUUCCCUGAGGGGCAUGCUAAGUCGGGUGUUGGGCUUCAACCAAAUUUGCAACUUGGCUUCAAAAGGUGUUGAUGGGAUAAUCGUGACAAUGUGGGAUCGGAAAUUGGUAGACACUGUAAUGUUGAUUAAUAAUGCGGUAAAUGUGGCUUCUAAGUUUCAACUUGAAACUACAGCUACAGUGAAUCCUUAA